CUACUCUGUACGGGCUGUUGCUGCCAAACCAGUUGGCAGGCUAUGUGAUUUAAUUGAUUAGAAAACUUUUUUGAACUCAGGUGACAUCUUCUUUUAGAGAGACUUCUGCUUUAAACUAGAAUUCUGGAUUUGAGUAAACUCUCAGGAGCACUGUUUUGGGGGCGGCGCACCUUCUUCAACCUCUGUUGUUGUGAUUUUUGUUUUGAUUUAUUUUUUAAUUUUUUUAUUUUUUCCUGCGCGAUUUGAAUGAGUUCUUCCUGGUACAUCAUGCCAUUCCAGAGCAGGGGCCGGUCUAGCGAAAGUGCGGCACCGUGUGCAUGAGUUGGUGAAACUUUAAUGUGCAACAAGAACAGCUGAUCACCGCACCUCUUCUGUCAGGUCUCCCAACCUGACUUCCAACCGGCUGCAGACCAACCUCUCCAGGAUGGCCUGCCUGCGCAACAUUAUCUCCGCUGUGGUGGCGAAGAGACACGUGGUUUUCUGGAACUCUACGAACACAAGGUUGACAGCGGGAGAUCUGUCUGUCCAGUUGAAUCUCAAUGAUUACCUGGACAUCUACUGCCCCAGCUAUCCUGAAUCAGGGAGUUUGGUUCCAGAGCAGCCGGAGACUCUGGUCCUCUACCUGGUGGAGGAGGAGGCUUUCAAAGGCUGCGUGGAAACCAAAAAGGCCGUCAAGAGGUGGGAGUGUAACACCCCGUUUGCUCCGUUUGGACCAGUCCGCUUCUCUGAAAAGAUCCAAAGGUUCACCCCAUUCUCGCUUGGCUUUGAAUUCCUGCCAGGGAGACACUACUACUACAGCUCGCUGCCGACAGAUGAAGGCCCUCCUCUGCCAUGCAUGAAGAUGCGUGUCACAAUAUGCUGUGAGCCCACAUCAGAGGGCUCAAAACAAAUACAAGGAACAAAACCUCGCAGCAGUGUUGUCUCACUGAGGACCACUUCUCUUCCGCUCCUCAUCUCCAUCCUCUUACUGCUGAUCACCUGACUCAUCUGUCCUCGCUGCCUGCCUGUGCUCCACGGGUGCAAUCUCUGACAUCUAAAGGAAGAAUACAACUGUGCUGACAACAAAUGGCAAAGUGCAAUCUCUGCCAGAAUAAGCCAGGGACAUUAAUGACUGUGGUUAAAAAUCCCGGCAGGACGAUGGUUUCUCCGGACCACAGUGACUCAGGGAAAUGACGCUGAAGUGCAGCAAAGCAUUUCUUCCUGUUUUCUUGCUCUACCUGUUGCUGGUUGUGCAACUACUCAGACAAAAAUGUUCUCCAUACGGGAGCCAUCUUAAGACUCGUAUCUCCCUUCGAAGCUAGAAGAACAAUGAAAGAAUCAGGUCCUCCAGUGAAGUUUGUUUUUAUUUUUGUCUUUUUUUUUUUUUUUUUUUUUUUUUACUUCUUCUGUUGUUUACUUCCUUUUGAGUGGAAGCCUCCAGUUUAAAAAGUGGCCAAAUAAACAUACUAGUGUAAGGAC